AUGGAGACUGACAGACCGGAUAUUUUGUCGUUUGAAUGUUACUCAUUUGAACCGAAUACUGAAAAGUACUUACAUCAGCAGUUGCUUUACAUACAACCCAUGAAAUUGCUUUAUCAUCUCAGCGAUCACACAAUUUCUCUCAUUGAACCACAUGUUCCAAAUAAUGUCAUUUUGCAGGGUCAUAUUUUUACUCAUCAGAGAGUACCGAAGUUAGAUCGAAAUUCUACUCAAAACUAUUUGCAUUGGACAGAUUUAAAUGUCGCAAAAGAUAUCCAUCUCUUCUCGAGAACAUACAGAAUUACUGCCUGUGAUCAUCAUACCAGGGAUUUUCUGACGAAAGAAGGAAUUGAGGUUAAUGAAGAAGAGGAAAUUCCUAUGGACCAAUGGAUUCAAAACCAAGAACGACAACAAACUUCAAACAAAAACAAGGAAAGUGAAGAGAAGUUGGGAUGGAGUCAUGAGAAGAUGGACUAUUCGGAUGCGCCAGCGAAGUUGCACUUGUUAGCUUGUUGGUUGGACGAUGCUUCGAUUCGGACAUUCCAUAUGAUAGUACAUACAAUUGACGAUACUGUUGCGCUAGUAGAGAGCACUCGUGGGUUCAGGAAACAGCUUUUCCUCAAAAGGAACAAGCUUCCUUUCAUCAAAGAAGGCACUCGACAGUUCUACCGUAGUACUGAGAUACGGCCUGGCUUAUGGGUAGAAGUUUACACCAGACCAAUGUUUAUUUUCAGUUGUGAAGGCCUAGAAACACGCAAUUUCCUGAAACGUUUUGGACCUGUUGAUUUCGAAAAUUACGAAAAAGCUCUUAUGGAUGGACCACCGUCCGAAGGAAAUGGAAAUAUACCAUCGCAGAUGAAAUUUAUUGCUGUAAUGGAGGGAGUAAAAGGAUUAUUCGAAGACAUAAAUUUUUUGAUAACAUUUCAUGUCGAUAAAGAGAAGCUGGACAUUACUGAAGCUGUAAAAGAUCAAAAAUGGUGUUCUGGACGAACAUUCCUUAAAGGCAUCAAGUACAACAGCAUGGAUAAAUAUAAAAUUGGCUCUAUUCUGAGAGUUUAUCGAUGGGACUUCCGUUUACUGGAAGCUGACGAUAUAACACGGCAAUAUUUACUUUCAAAACAACAGUUGUAA